AAUUUCACAAAAAUGCUUUGGAACACAAGGUCCAAUCUGAAGCAUUAUAAGCCUUAAACAUUUAAUGUCACAAACUUUGCAGAUAUAGCAUUGAUGUGCAGUAAUUACUCUUUGAGACAGCUGGAGACAUUUUGUCCUCUUUUUGCAGAUAGUUAUACUUAGUCAAAUAUUGUCAGGCAUUCUGUUAAUCACUUAAGUUUCCCACAGUUCUUUAAAAAGACCAUUUACUUCAUUUUGGCUCACUCUUACCCUUCUGUAGUGAAAUAAAAGUUAUUUCUUCUGCUGCUCAAGCAAUAAAAACUUAACUCACUUUCUCAACUUUAAGUUGAAAGAUGCCAAAUGAAACACCUUCUACAAUGGAGCUAAUAAUGCGAUUCUGUUGCAGUGACAUGAAAAAGGUAAAACCUCACAAGUCUGAUUUAAAACCAGGAAGAUGAAAUAUAGAAAUAUUUCAACAGAGGAAACUUAAAAACACUGAAAUGAAUUUGCAUUUCUGUUGUUAAGUAAACUCAAAAAGUCUGGAGGCUUUGCUAGAAAUAAAUGACAAGGAUUUAUUCAAGGGUCUUAGGAUUUACAAACCCAGAACAUAGCUAGGCAAAAACUCAGAACUGUUUCGACGAAAGAAAACUUGAGUUCUCAUAGUAGAAAGUGCAUUGUUGAGAAUUAUCUGUUCUGCUUUCUUAGCCCUAGGAUUGGUCCAGGACCAUUAUCAGUCAGAUGUCAGGUGGCCUGGAUGACAGACACCAAGAGGUCUGUCUGGUCAGGUCCAUCUGGAUGAUGGAUGUCAGGUGGGCUGGAUUUAUGAAACCUUCAGGGGUUAAUCAGGUUACCUGGACGUGUGGUGUAUGCCCAGGCAUUGACACAGGGCUGGAAAGUUAAGAAAGUUUAAGUUCCUAGAAUACUUAGAACAAUAGAGUCUUCCCUCAUGCCUCAACCUUCCUAAUGUUAAUGUUAAUAAUUCUAAGCGUUAAAUGUUAAAAAUGUUAAUGAUUUCAGCAGCUUGGUAAAAGUGACUCCAUUUUAUAUACUCUCUCUUCACUUUCCUCACUGUGUAGCCCCAAGAAGCUGAGCUGCACCAAAAGGCAGACGUUACAGGAGUGGAUGUCGGCUCAAAACGAAAUCCACCCCUCAUCCAAACAGAUGUGUAGAGUUAGACCUGGUGUGAACACUGCGACGACGGCUGUUUCGAGGACCACUUUCCUGAACGGUGGGUUACUACGUACUCCGAUGGCCUUUCAACACGGGCCCACAAUUAACGCGCCACACCACACAGCCGGUGGCCUUGGGUUCUCCCCGGGUUGGAGAAGCAGAGAGUCAAGGGCAGGUCCCUGCUUUCUCCCGUGUGAGGCAGCCUUGUAGAGAGAAAGUCGGCCUUUCCGCUGGGGUCGCAGCGGCCUACUGUCCCAGUCCACCUGGACACCUCUCGCAGGGCCUCCCGUAGGAAGAGUGUUCCGUUCGGAAUACGUUCUUUUGUGGCCAAGAGGGACAGAGGCUGGGACGUAAGAGGCCAAGCCUUCUGGAAGGGCGACCCGAGGACUCUGCCCGCAGGCGGACCGCAACGCGGGGCGGAGCGCAGAUCGGAGAGCCCAGGAGAGCGCCGGCGUCCGGGCGGGGCCAGGGCGCGUGGUCACCGGCGUCCGAGAACCCCCCAGGCCGGCAGCACGCAUGCGCUGCCAUAGCCCCCGACCGGUCCUCAGCACCACGCCGGCCCGGCCCGCUCCCCAGCCCCGCCCGCCGGAGGCGCCCGGGAGCGCGUAGGCCGGCGGGGCGCGCCGAUUGGUCGUCCGCGACGCCCUUCCCAGAAUGCAGCGCAUGGCGCGUCAUUGAAGAGAGACCAUGAUGGCGGCGGCGCUGGGGCCCCCAGAAGUGAUCGCUCAGCUGGAGAACGCGGCCAAAGUUCUGAUGGCACCACCUUCCAUGGUCAACAAUGAACAGCGCCAACAUGCAGAGCACAUAUUCUUAUCGUUUAGGAAAUCAAAAUCGCCAUUUGCCGUUUGCAAGCAUAUUUUGGAGACCAGCAAGGUGGACUACGUCCUGUUCCAGGCAGCCACGGCCAUCAUGGAGGCCGUCGUGCGUGAGUGGGUCCUCCUGGAAAAAGGCAGCAUCGAGUCCUUGCGCACGUUCCUGCUGACCUAUGUCCUGCAGAGGCCCAACCUCCAAAAGUAUGUCCGGGAACAGAUUCUGUUAGCAGUAGCAGUAAUUGUAAAACGGGGAUCACUAGAUAAAUCUAUUGACUGCAAGAGCAUAUUUCAUGAAGUCAGCCAGCUGAUCAGUAGCGGCAACCCUGCUGUGCAAACUCUGGCGUGUUCUAUUCUAACGGCACUAUUGAGUGAAUUCUCAAGUUCAAGUAAAACUAGCAAUAUUGGACUGAGUAUGGAAUUCCAUGGUAACUGCAAAAGAGUUUUUCAGGAGGAAGACCUUCGUCAGAUCUUCUUGCUCACGGUUGGGGUCCUGCAGGAGUUCAGCAGGCGGGACAACCUCAGCGCUCAGAUGUCAUCGGUAUUUCAGCGAUACCUCGCGCUUGCCAACCAGGUCCUCAGCUGGAACUUUCUUCCUCCAAAUUUGGGCAGACAUUAUAUAGCCAUGUUUGAAUCCUCACAAAAUGUGCUGUUGAAGCCGACGGAGUCCUGGCGGGAGACGCUGCUGGACAGGAGGGUCAUGGAGCUUUUCUUCACAGUACACCGAAAAAUCAGAGAAGAUUCAGACAUGGCCCAGGACUCACUGCAGUGCCUCGCCCAGCUGGCCUGUCUGCACGGGCCCAUCUUCCCCGACGAGGGGGCGCAGGUUGAAUACCUGGCACAUUUCAUCGAGGGGCUCCUGAGCACCAUCAACGGAAUUGAAAUAGAAGAUUCUGAGGCUGUGGGGAUCUCCAGCAUUAUCAGCAACCUGAUAACAGUGUUCCCUCGAAACGUCUUAACCGCCAUUCCGAGCGAGCUGUUCUCGUCCUUCGUGAACUGCCUGACACACCUCACCUGUUCCUUCGGGCGGAGUGCUGCGCUGGAGGAAGUGCUUGAUAAAGAUGACAUGGUAUACAUGGAAGCAUAUGACAAGUUGCUGGAGUCCUGGCUGACUUUGGUCCAAGAUGACAAACAUUUCCAUAAAGGCUUUUUUACCCAGCAUGCAGUUCAAGUCUUCAACUCCUACAUUCAAUGCCACCUGGCCGCUCCAGACGGCACAAGGAAUUUGACUGCCAAUGGUGUGGCCUCUCGUGAGGAGGAAGAAAUCAGUGAGCUGCAAGAGGAUGAUCGAGACCAGUUUUCAGAUCAGCUAGCCAGUGUGGGGAUGCUGGGAAGAAUUGCUGCCGAGCACUGCAUGCCUCUCCUGACAAGUUUGUUAGAAGAAAGGGUGACGAGGCUCCAUGGCCAGUUGCAGCGUCAUCAGCAGCACCUACUAGCUUCUCCCGGCUCUGGCACCAUCGACAACAAAAUGCUUGAUGAUCUGUACGAAGACAUUCACUGGCUUAUUUUAGUUACAGGCUACCUCUUAGCUGAUGAUACUCAGGGAGAGACUCCGCUAAUACCUCCAGAAAUAAUGGAAUAUUCCAUUAAGCACUCAUCUGAAGUUGACAUUAAUACAACACUUCAAAUUUUGGGAUCUCCAGGAGAAAAAGCUUCUUCCAUCCCAGGGUACAACAGAACAGAUUCUGUGAUUAGGCUGUUAUCUGCCAUUCUGAGAGUUUCAGAAGUUGAGUCUCGGGCAAUCAGAGCAGACCUCACUCACCUGCUGAGCCCUCAGAUGGGGAAAGACAUUGUCUGGUUCCUGAAGCGCUGGGCCAAGACUUACCUGCUGGUGGAUGAGAAGCUGUAUGAUCAGAUAAGUUUGCCAUUCAGCACAGCAUUUGGAGCAGACACGGAGGGUUCUCAGUGGAUUGUUGGCUACCUCUUACAGAAAGUCAUCAGCAAUCUCUCGGUGUGGAGCAGUGAGCAGGACCUCGCAAACGACACCGUGCAGCUCCUUGUCACCUUGGUGGAAAGAAGAGAGAGGGCCAACUUGGUAAUCCAGUGUGAGAACUGGUGGAACUUAGCUAAGCAGUUUGCCAGCCGAAGCCCCCCUCUGAAUUUCCUGUCCAGUCCGGUGCAGAGGACGCUGAUGAAGGCCCUUGUCUUGGGAGGUUUUGCACAUAUGGACACAGAGACCAAACAGCAGUAUUGGACUGAGGUUCUUCAGCCACUUCAGCAGCGGUUCUUAAGAGUGAUAAAUCAGGAGAACUUCCAGCAGAUGUGUCAGCAGGAAGAAGUCAAGCAGGAAAUCACUACGACGCUUGAGGCCCUGUGUGGCAUCGCAGAGGCUACCCAGAUUGACAACGUAGCAAUCCUUUUUAAUUUUUUAAUGGACUUCCUUACCAACUGCAUUGGGCUGAUGGAAGUUUACAAAAACACCCCAGAGACUGUCAAUCUCAUCAUAGAAGUUUUUGUUGAAGUUGCACAUAAACAGAUAUGCUAUCUUGGAGAGUCCAAAGCCAUGAACCUGUAUGAGGCCUGCCUUACUCUGUUGCAAGUGUACUCCAAGAAUAACCUGGGGCGCCAGCGGAUAGACGUCACAGCGGAGGAGGAGCAGUACCAAGACCUGCUGCUCAUCAUGGAGCUGCUCACCAACCUUCUGAGCAAGGAGUUCAUAGACUUCAGUGAUACUGAUGAGGUGUUCCGAGGCCAUGAUCCUGGACAAGCGGCGGGCAGGUCCGUGUCCGCAGCCGACGUGGUUCUGUACGGGGUGAACCUCAUCCUGCCCUUGAUGUCACAAGACCUCUUGAAGUUUCCAACCCUUUGUAAUCAAUACUACAAAUUAAUCACAUUUAUCUGUGAGAUCUUUCCUGAAAAAAUACCACAGCUUCCUGAAGAUCUUUUUAAAAGUCUGAUGUACUCCCUAGAACUAGGAAUGACGUCGAUGAGCUCAGAGGUUUGUCAGCUAUGCCUGGAGGCUCUGACACCGCUGGCUGAGCAGUGUGCCAAGGCCCAGGAGACAGACUCCCCGCUGUUCCUCGCCACGCGGCACUUCCUGAAGCUGGCGUUUGAUAUGCUGGUUUUGCAGAAGCACAACACGGAGAUGACGACGGCGGCCAGCGAGGCCUUCUACACGCUGGUGUGCUUGCAUCAGGCUGAGUAUUCUGAAUUGGUGGAAACAUUACUGUCAAGUCAACAAGACCCUGUCAUUUACCAGAGACUGGCAGACGCUUUCAAUAAGCUCACUGCAAGCAGCACGCCCCCUACGCUGGACCGGAAGCAGAAGAUGGCCUUCCUGAAGAGUUUAGAGGAGUUUAUGGCAAAUGUUGGUGGGCUCCUGUGUGUAAAAUAAAGAACAAAACUAUGCCUAAUUCAGACCCUUUCUGCAAAGUGCCCUGGCUUGCUAACAGGUGACUGAGUCUUGUCCUGCCCCCAGUUCCUUGGCCACUUGGGAUUUUGGAGAGCCUGGCAGUGUGAUUGUAAUGUGGUGACACGGGAGAGGUCAGCCUCGAGCCAGCGUUGCUGUUAGGGCCAGCCACAUUGCUCAUACUUGUCUUGUAGGUUUGGAAGGGUGACUUAACAUUUUCAAAACGAGAUUCCAUACAUGUGCAAACAGGUGUGGGAACCAGGACUCCCUAGUCAGUGCCUUUUGCCUUUGUCAAACGCUAGGUAGCUAGCCAAAGCCUAGGGCUUCUGUCAUGAAGUAUCAGAUGGCCGCUUGCUUGGCAGGUUCUCAGACGUUGUCUGUAGACCACUGUGUCACUGGGGAGCUGGACCAGCGGAUGCCCUCGGAGCCAGAGCUCCCAUUGGCGGGCCCUCGCAGUCUCAAGUGUCCUAAGCUCCUUCCUCGACCACCCCAGAAGUUUUGAAUCGAGGUAGAGGAUAUUGAAUCCACAAGAGGUUUUGCGCUUUCGCGCUUUUUCUUCCCUUUCAUGGUUCGAAGGAACCGUCCGCGGUGUCUGUGGCCUCCCCAGGGAUGCUCACUCCUGCUCUCUUGUAAUGUCUGCUGGUGUCGCAGGUUUUGUGUAACACAGGUCUCUAAGCAAACCCUGAUGCCUGAACUUGAGGAGGAAAAUACAUGUAUAUUUUUGUUCCAUAAAAAGAACUUUAGGAACUGUAGCCAUUUCAUUGCCUUAAUUUUAAGGAGAAAGUACACAAAAAGAGCAGUCUUAUUUUAGUAAGAAAUCCAGUCUUGCUGCUUCUGAGUUGGCGAGGCUGUUGCUGCGGCAAACCUGGUACCCUGCUGACGGUGUGUCCUGUGGGUCUGAGUGCCACGAGAGGUGCGCUCGUGUGGUCGGAGUGUGUUUGCCCAGCCUCGCAGCCGUGGCUCACGCUCCGCUCUGACCAGAUUGUUGAGCAAUAACUACUGUAAAGGACAGGAAUGACUGAUUCCCGCCGACCGUUACACAUCAAGGCAUUAGGGGCAGUAAUGAUGCCAGGGUGGGUAUGUUCUCACUUCACAGGAGCCAUGUGGACUUAAUUUAAGAGGUCAAAGCUUCCCCUUCAGACUCUCUAGCUUGCUUUUCUAAUCAGGAAUUUUGUACUGCUGCCACACUCUCCUUGGAUUAUGGGAAUGAAAGCUAGUGUGUAAACCGCAGGCAUAUGAAACUGCCCGCUGCUGUGUGACACUGCUGGGAGAGCAGGCAUCCUGUUGUGUCCCUGGAGCCCACAUGCUCGGCUAGCGGUGGAGCGCAGGGUUGCUGUCUGAUGGCAGAGGGUGCACCUUCACACGUGACACUGUGCACGCAUGUGUAACUGCCCCUAACACCUCCAGCUGCCAGAACUGGAACGUUUAAGCUAGACCUAGCCUGCACAUGUGACGCCAGACAAGCGGGUGCAAAGCCUAGAGCCCUAACUUUGAGGAACAUUUCUCUUGAUCACAAUUGGAUAACAACUGAGGUGGAGCAAAAACAUCUUAGAAGACAGUUAGUCUUUUAAGACAACAUAAAAGACCGCUAGUAUCACUUCAUGAAAUAGACGUAUUUUUAAAACACUGAACAAUGCGUUCAUUUUGAGAUUUCUCCUCUUUCUCAUAAAGAACUUGAAAUCCUUAGCACCAGGAAUCACUUUGCUUGUAACUGUUCUGCUGUCCAUGUCCCAGCUCCAGCUCACUGUGUGAGCCUUGUGUAUCUGUGAUAAGUGCAGCCCCUUUGCCAGAGGGCCCUGAGGUCACUGACUGGGCAGGUCCAUGCACCAUGGCAACGAGAACCAGGUUACUAUUGAACAUAAACAGGAGUAGAAAAGGAAUGCCUUGGUACAUGAAAAGGUAUCUGUAUUUAACAAAUUUUAUCUAGAUGGAAAUGUGUUUGCUAAAUUUGCCCAGAUGCUAUUAUAAUACUGCAGUUUCAUUAGACCACUUUUAAUUAAAACAGGAUUUACUUCAGCUUGGACCAAACAGUACAUUAAGGUAUCACCAGAAUGUUGAUUAGUGGCAAACUGGAAAAUAACACCACCACCAUUUUUAGGUAAUGGGGAUGCCACUUAAUUGCAACAGCUAGACUCUUCAAGCGUGCGCGCUUGUGUGUGUGUGUGUGUGUGUGUGUGUGUGUGUGUGUUCCCGAUUGGGUAUUUGUUUACUUUGGGUCUUGUGUUCUAUUUUGUCCAGUUUUGUCUUUAGCUAUGUUUAUUGGCUUUCCAGUUUUUUUUGGAUUUUGUUUUAAUGCUUUUGGCCCAGUGGGUGUCCAGAAUACUGGCUUAAUUCUGACGAAUUGAUUUUUUUUUUUUUUAUUAAACUGUUAAGUUGUCAAAAGAGUUUUAAAAACAAAAACAUUAUUUGUGCCCCCUUUUUAUAUAUGUUAAAGGGACACUGUUGAGUAUUUGAUUUUUUUAAAAUUUUAUAUUAUAUGAAAUUUCUGUUCAUAUAUAGUAAGUAACUUUUAGCCUCUAGUUUUCAGUUCAUUCUUCGAUUUUAUUUUCCUUGACCCAUUUGUUUCCCAAGGCACAAUCGCUAAGGACUUUGUACUGUCACAAUUUGUAUUCAUGUUAUAGCACCUGUAACUGUAUUCUUGUAGCCUUGUUAAAAGGAUUGGCUCCUUUUUACCGUCCUUCCGGAUAGGUGGCUGCCUGGGCAGCUAAAUGACUGGACAGUACUUGACAGUGUCUUUUUCAGCACCGCCAUGUGGGUCUUUCCGCCUCGCUGUCUUAAUUUGCUGGAAGGCAGAUAGUGACAUGUUAACAUCACUGCAUUGAGUUUUUGUCUGGUAUAAAGUGUGACAUUGUAUGUAAAAAAAAACAGAAACAAAAAAACUGCAGUCUUUCCAACUAAUUUUAAGAAUUUAGUCUUAUUUCAUUGUAAGCCAUGUAUCUCAUUAUAUUACAUUCUGUUCAGACGAGAUGGUUACUACUAUUUUUCACAAUUUUUGUUUCAAAAUGCAGCAUCUCUCUAAUUCCCCCCUCAGUUGACACUCUCCUUAUUUAUUGUCUUUGAUUGAACUUUCUCUUUUACCAAAAAUGUUGACUCUGUAUUUCUGAUAUCACCAUGUUUCCCAUUUCUGUUAAUACUUGUGUGAACCCCUCAAGCAUUGAAGGGAACGAGCUGUUGAUUUCAAGGAUUUCAAGUCUGAGUACCCUAGUAUAUUAUACAGUGUCGAUUGAAUCCUUAAAAUAUGAUUUUUGUCUGUUACAAUUUACUUGUUUCUGUUUGCCACCUCUGUCACUACAGGUGGCUGUCAUUAGAGCUUACUAAGUUAGCUGUCUGUGACAGAUAAUUAUCAUUAUUGGUUCCUGAAUAAAAUAUUAACUGCUAUUACAGAAGGAACCUCAAAACUUCUUAGGGUUUUUUUGUUUUGUUUUUGUUUUUAAACUAGAUAAUAAGGAACUGAUUCGGAUAUGAGUUUUUAACAUUAUAAUUUUCUGGAAAUUCUUCUACAAAACAACAUAGCUGAUUUGAGGAUAUAAUAAUGUUUUAAAUUAUUUUCAAAUGUAAGUGGAUAUUCUCUUACUUGGUAACUAUGUCCAGGAAAUACUGCAUUUAAGAAUUCUUUAACAAUUGAUUUUGUAAACUUAAAAGAUAUCCAAGUUAUGUAUAUUACUAAGCUCAAAUUGAAGUGCCAUUGUUCAAGUUGAACUUCACACAUUUUAUUUAGAUGUAGAAAUACAGUCAUCCUAAUGACAGUGAUGGGAACCCAUGACAUAUUUAGCCAAAGAGUAGAUUUGGUUUAGGUAAAGAUAGGCAUCCGUUCUGUCCUGGAGAGGACUGAUGACAUGACCUGUUUCUGUCCCUAGCUUCCAGCCGAAGUCUUUGUGUGAAGACUGAUCUGUUCUGAGAUGCUUGGGUGCUGAGCUGGAGGCUGGCCUGCACAUCCACGUCCCCAGGGUCUUUGUCCUCUUCCCCCACUGGAGUUUGCUGCUACCUGUCCCCAGGCCUUCCCAGCAGUGGAGAGGUCUUUUUCUCCUUUUCCAUCUGUAUUGUUAGGCUUCAGCUAUUAGGAGCUGUCAGGUAUGUACUAAUAGCUAACUUUCCAAGCCUGAAAUUAAAUAGUGCACCUGCCCCCCGUACCUAACAGGGUCUCAAAUUUGUUCUGAGUCCAUGCUUCCAGUGUGGUGUCUUCUACCACAUAAAAUGAUGACAUUGCAAAGACUGGGGGUGUCACUCGCCUGUCUGCACACAGAAGCUCAAUGCAGUGACUUUGUGGUGUCAUUGUCACAAAAUGUUACCACUGCUACCGUUGAGCACAUGUAAAAUUUUUUAAAUUUAUAAAUAUUAAAAAUUUAAACUUACACUAAAACUUUUCAGUUUUUUGAAGAGACCCAAGGACAAAUAUACUGUUUUAACUGUUUACCUCUAUUAACAUUACUAAUGAAGGUAUAAAGUUACAGUUAAUUUUUCAAAAGAUGGUACAGUACAAUUUUAGGAAAUAAAUCAAGGCUAUGUAUUGAGCCAGUUACAAGCUGAAUAUCAAGUUGAUAAAAUUUUAUUUGUAUUUUUUAAAUCCAUAAAUGGGAGUUAAAAUGUGUCUUUUCACUAAAUAUUUUUAUUACAUUUUUGUUUUGACCAUGUGUGAUUUGGUUGUGGGUAGCUAGACUGUUUUAUGGAAGUGAUUGAAAUGGUGCUAGUUCAUUUACCAUCAUAGGAUGAUUGACACUGGGGGUCAUUACACAGUCAUAAAAUAACUAAAAAUAAAAACAUGAUGACAUAUCUGUAUAGAUAGAGACUUGCAUUACCUUCUGGGAGAACACCCAACCCCAACAGAAUAUCCGGGAUUCAGAAAGAAAAAUGCGUUGUUUAUAUUCCGUAAUACUGAGCAUAUUUAUUUUUGUCUCAGCUCACAGUCUUAGAAACAAUUUCAGAGUCAGUCAUUAAAUCAUUGGAUUUGGGGCAUAUUUGUAGUAAAUAUUGGGUUGUCAGAAAAGUCAUGACGUAUUUUUUCUGUUUUUCGUUGCAAAAAUGUGUCAUGACUUUUCUAACAACCCAGUAUUUUUAGUGGUUUCGGUCAUUCUUUUUGGUCUUUCAGGUAAAGUGGAAAAUUACAUUCUGCUGUGUGUUACACUUCCCUCCCUUUAUCUAAUCUUGAAUCUUGUAAACAUAUGCAGUGAAAAGUUAAUUUUUUAAGAAAGAAAAUACAUUUUGAAAAUAUAUUUAUUUUAAA